AUGUUCGGCUCUUGGGGUCCAAGCCCGAGAUCUACGAUUUGGGCUGCGGCUGCUGCCGCGGCGCCUCUAUUGCUCCUCAGCCACGUCGCUCCCAGGGCGGCUGCGUUGUACGUGACCGAAGGCUCGCCAUGUUGGGACGUUUGUAACGAUCCCACCAAUACCACCUCGUCCGAAAUUGUCUGCUUAGACGCGGCGUAUAACGACACCACGACUGGCGAAAACUUUCAGAAAUGCAUCUCGUGUGCAUUAGAAAGCAAUUACACGGAUCCGAAUUCGCAACUGACGGACGUGGACUGGGGACUCUACAACCUCCGUUAUGCGUUUAGCACCUGUGUCUAUGGUUACCCGAUAAGCAUCAACGACAUCUCGACGCCGUGUCUGGUGUCCUGUCUAGGGCUGGAUGACGCGAUCGAGUUUGACCUGCUGAAUCCGAAUGAUAACAACCUGCGGGCCUGGUGUUCAACCUCCGCAUUUGCGGACAACCAUAUUGACACGUGCGAAUUCUGCUAUAAUCUGACCGGAAAUCAGGUGUAUAUGGCAAAUUUCCUCGAGGCCCUCCGCUAUGACUGCCACUUUCCAGUACCGUCGCAAACCGCCUUUCCCAUUAGUCCCUCGUCAAUUUUCUCCGAGUCCCAAUUACCGACCUACACCAGCAACCUUCUGGACAGUCCUAGUGGCGGUGGCGUAAACUACAGACUGGCCACCUUGAUCGGCCUCCCGGUCAUGGGAUUCGUGAUUUUUCUCUUUAUCAUGACCAUUGGGUGCGUGCUCGGUAUCAGCUGGUGGCAUCGACAGUCCCGUGAGGACGAGGAGCUGCGGCAGUGGAAGACCAUGGCGGCGGAACAUCCCUGGAGCGAGUAUCCGCCACAGGAGAUGUACCCGCCUGGAGUGUAUCAGCAGCAGCAGCAGCAGCAGCAGCAGCAACAUCAAUACGGCCCGGGGUUCCAGGUCGUGGAUACUGACGGUCGCACUCAUGAGGUGGGGUACUCCAAGCAGGUGAUGACCGAGACCGUGACGCCAGCAGGAGACAAGGGGAAAGGUCUGUCCCAUGAGUAUUCCAUGGGUGAUUUGAAGCUGUAG